AAUUCAACGCUAUGGAACUCGGAGUUCUAUCUGGAGCCAGCCGCCUUCGUACGGGGAUUCCAUGCUCACUUGCUGACGAAACUCCUUGCCAUGGUGGCUCACACCGCGUCUUCAAAGUUGUUUUUGAAGAUUCCAUACAGUGGGCUGCCCGGCUUUGCGAUGAUUCUAGAAAUUGGAAAAGCGAAUUGCGUGCUGUUAAACAAUUUCAAUAUAUCAAAAGGCAAUGCCCAAACAUGAAAGCGCCAAAUCUUUUUGUCGAAGAACAAUACCCAGUGCUGUACUCGGAAUGGAUCAGUGGCAAGCCGCUAGCAAUUUGGAAUUAUCAAGUCUCUUUGGUCAAACGCCAGAGAAUCCUGACUGACCUGGCGGAAUUUCUGUUGCAAAUAUGGACCAUCCAUGUCCCUCCUGACUUUGCUCCAGAGAAGAAUCGUUCGUACUCUGUCUGGCUGACAGAGAGUCUGGAUCGAGGUCUUCGUCGAACUCUCACUGGUACCGCAAGAUGGGGCAAUGCUGUUGAUUAUCUGAUCAUGCGAUCUAUGAUCCCAGACUACGCUGCUGAGUUCGAUAGCUACUCUGAUUUUGGCUUUACCCAUGGUGAUCUGAAUGCUCAUAACAUCAUGAAAAGUGACGACUUUCACCUGACAGGGAUCAUUGACUGGGAUUGGAUGUUUGUGGCCCCUCUACCAGCCAUUAUUCACCAUCCUUGGUUCAUUGCCGAUAUUCCCGGAUGGAAGAAUGAUGCUGUGGCAGAGGGUGAAAACUUCACCCAAGACCGACUUUACCUUGAAAAUCUGAUUAGGGUGAAAGAAUCUUCGCAGCACCUGCCUCCCACGAUAUCGGCCCUGCUGUGCGAUUCCGGGAAGAGAUUAUUUUUCCAGUCGGCCUUCCACUAUAAAGAAAUUCAUGAGAGGUUUGUUAAGGCGCACUGUCCACAUACAGAAGGCAAUAUCAGGGCUGCAAAAUUACAAUUAGAGGCAGUACUUUCUUUGUACCCUGAGUUGGGAGAUAAACAAGGCGUGCUGGGAACCAAGCAAUUUCUUGCGGGAAUGAUGUAA